UGCCCGGAAGAAGGACACUGAAAUUCCGGAUUUCAGCGAAUGCGGCAGGAUCGGCAAGGCACCGGCAGUUUUCUCUUGCGGUGUGUGUUGUACUGAAUCAUUUUGUUAGCGGACUACAGCAGCCCCUGGACUGGCAUGGCGACAGAUGUAACCAAAGGUGUGGACCAAUUGUCUGUUGGGGAAAUGUAUGUGUCGGACAAAUGUGGCAGCGACCAGGAUGGAGAUGGGACCGAGCAGAAACCUUUCAAGACACCUCUCAAGGCUCUGCUCUUCAUUGGCAAAGAACCAUUCCCUACUAUCUACGUAGACUCACAGAAAGAAGAAGAGGUAGUGCGUUGGGUCGCAAUCUCCAAGACUCAGAUGAAGAGUGCAAAAAAAGCUUUUAACCGUGAACAGGCCAAGAAUGAAUCCAAGGAGAAGAAAGAGGCGGAAGACAAUGAGAGGAGAGAGAAGAACCUGGAAGAAGCCAAGCAAAUCAUGAUUGAAAAGGACCCCAGUUUGCCCGAUCCGGAAACGGUAAAAAUCUACAAUCUGGGAUCAAAGCGAGGUCAGAGAGUCAAAGUGUUUGGAUGGGUUCAUCGUCUUAGGAGACAAGGCAAAAACUUGAUGUUUAUCGUGCUAAGAGAUGGAACUGGUUUCCUGCAGUGUGUGCUGUCUGAUAAACUGUGUCAGUGCUAUAAUGGCUUAUUGUUGUCCACGGAAAGCAGUGUAGCUCUUUAUGGGACUGUGACGCCAGUUCCUGAAGGAAAACAGGCACCAGGAGGCCACGAGCUCCACUGCGACUUCUGGGAGCUGAUCGGCCUGGCGCCAGCAGGCGGGGCCGACAACAUCUUGAAUGAAGAGUCGGACGUGGACGUCCAGCUUAACAACCGACACAUGAUGAUCCGAGGAGAGAACGUUUCCAAGGUCCUCAAAGUCCGAUCUACGGUCACACAGUGCUUCAGGGAACACUUCUUCAGCCGUGGUUACCACGAGGUCUGUCCUCCAACUUUGGUGCAGACUCAGGUGGAGGGCGGCUCCACGCUGUUUAACCUCAACUACUUUGGCGAGCAGGCUUACCUGACACAGUCAUCCCAGCUUUACCUGGAGACAUGCAUACCUGCGCUGGGCGACUGCUUCUGCGUCGCUCAGUCAUACCGAGCUGAACAGUCCCGCACCCGCAGGCACCUCUCAGAGUAUACCCACAUUGAAGCUGAAUGUCCCUUCAUAACCUUUGACGAUCUGUUGAACAAACUGGAGGAUCUAGUGUGUGAUGUUGUGGACCGAGUGCUAAAAUCUCCUGCUGCGCAACUGCUCUAUGACAUCAACCCGGACUUCAAACCCCCUAAAAGGCCAUUCAAGAGGAUGAACUACUCCGAUGCCAUCGUGUGGCUCAAAGAACAUGACGUCAAGAAGGAUGAUGGCACCUUCUAUGAGUUUGGAGAGGACAUCCCAGAGGCCCCCGAGAGGCUGAUGACUGAUGCCAUCAAUGAAACAAUUCUGCUUUGUCGCUUCCCAGCUGAGAUCAAAUCCUUCUACAUGCAGCGCUGCGCUGAGGACAGGCGGCUCACAGAAUCGGUUGACGUUUUGAUGCCAAAUGUGGGUGAGAUUGUUGGAGGCUCGAUGCGUACCUGGGAUGCUGAGGAGCUGUUGGAUGGCUAUAAGAGGGAGGGCAUCGACCCAACCCCGUACUAUUGGUACACUGAUCAGAGGAAGUAUGGCACGUGUCCUCAUGGGGGUUAUGGCCUCGGUCUCGAGCGUUUCCUCACCUGGCUGCUGAACAGACACCACAUCAGAGACGUCUGCCUUUACCCACGAUUCAUCCAACGCUGCCGGCCCUAAACACAUACUCGCAUCAUGACACACUCAAGUUUUGUUUCACAUAGUUCCCAAAUUGAGAUCCAAUCACCAAGUUGUUCCCUGUGUGGUGCUCAUCUUCACUUCCGAUCAUGUCCCAUAAUUAGUGCACUAACGUCACCUUAAUCGUGUCAUGUCCACUUCUGCUCUCUAAAGCAAACACGUUUCUGUAAUUGUGUAAAAAUACUGAAUGCUCUUGAUCAUUUCCUGCCUUAAAUGCGGUCUUUCUAGCUCCACAUACGCCUGUGACUGAGGCUUAGCAAGUCAUUUAUAGUUAGGUUAGUACAAAGUGGCAACAUGGCUACAUUUUUUUUUUUUGCAAUUGGUACUCUCAUUUUUCCUCACCUGUCCAAAUAUUCUUGGAGGAAGAAAUGUCAACAUUUCCUGGUGUCUUCAGAUUGUUUACUGAACAAAUGUCUCUGGGGUUGAUACAAGAACGUUGGCCUUCCAUGACAAAAAGUAAAGGCAAGAAAAUACACCUUCCACGCAAGUAUUGGUGAUGCUGUGUAUUUACACUUGGGCAAAACUUAAAAUCACGAUUGGGAAUUUUGUGCUCUGUAGUGCUGACCAACAUUUGACUCUACUGUCUUGCAAAGAAACGAACAAAAAACCUGGACCGCUACUGGUGAUUACGGUUGUCUACAUGGAAUCAAAAUGUUUGUGAUCUGAGAAAAUUGGAAAAUACAACACGUCAAUAAAACGAUGCAAACAAAUGACGUAGUAAUCAUCCUAA